UUUGUCUAAUCCUCUUAAGAGUUAUCCAAGUUGCUGGCCUUUACUGCCUCCUGCGGGAGCAAGUUCCAUAACAAUGCACUGUGUGGAAAAGCACUUCCUUUUAUCUGUUCUGAAUCUUCCAACAUUCAGCUUCAUUGGAUGCCCUCGAGUCUAGUGUUACGAGAGAGGAAAAACCUCAGUUGCAUACAUUUCAAUUAUAUAUUUAUUGCCGUACCUACAUGUAGAAAUAAAUUUGGGGAGCUGUGCCAAUAGGGAAGGUGCAGAAUCUGGAGAAACGUCCUAUUUCUUAUUUGAGUAAUGUCAAAACUCUGCACGUUCCAUGGGUGCUUGCUUUGCAGGCAUAAAAGGGAGUAAGAUGCAGAAGUUUCAGGGCGACCCAGCAGCCCUGUUUGCUGAGCUUCUUCAGCAGGGCACCUUCACAUCUGAUUUGACAUGGUCUUGAGUGUGUGACAUUAAGGAGCCGGUGAAGCUCCUUUCUGGCCAGUCAAACAAUCUCUGCUUAUCCUUAUGCACAGGCAUCACUGUAGCUUAAGUCUGAUCAAAAGCAACAAAGCUGCUUUGAGAAUGGAUGGGGGAGGGAUGAGGUUAGUUGGCAAGAGCAGCUAUGUUGUGGAUUAGUUCAGUGCUGGAGGUGGAGGGGUGGAAAUUAGCCAGAAAGCAAGGCUGCCCUUAGCCACUUGGUUGCCUGAGGAAACAGGAGUUGACGGGGUCAAAACUAGCUUGCUAGCUACGUAAAAUGUGAUGCUUGCAAUUCAGUUUUUAGCAAUUCUGUACUGAAAAUAAUUUAAACUUUUCUCUUAAAAAGCUGGCCAUUUAAUUGGGCACAUUUUAAACUGGUUUAUCUUAACUGAAUUGAUUAGUCAGUCAGCCACACACUCGUUCUACAGUUCAGUGAUGGAAUGUCAAAUUCUGGAUGCAACUUCCGUUGAGGCUUCAUCAUUACUUAGAUAAACCCUGACUGGGCUUACCACGGACCCAGCUGCAGUUUAAAUGUCUUGAAUUCUGCUGAUGCAAUUUCUGAAAUGAUACUCUUUCUGGAGGCAACAGUAGACUUCUGGGUCCUCCCAGUUAGGUUAGUAUCUGAGAGACUUGCAGUUCUUGCACAUUUGUUCUCCAACUGCAGUAUGGCAUUGGGGCAGGAUUUUGCAGAAAUCCAGGGUCCCACUUAGCAGAAUGAACAGGAGGGCCCCAAACACAGCAGUGCUGGCUGACUGCAUUUGGUAGUAAGUUUACCCAGGAGGGAACCACUCCCUUUCCAAGCUGAGACACUGGAACUGAGACAGUCUCCUUGUCAGUCUGUAAGCUGCUCUAACAUAUGGCUAGAAAGAGCUGAAACCAUGACAAGCAUGCAGUGUUUACAAGGCGGCAGCCAUCCGGCUUAUAAACAAGGGGCUUCUCCAGCGAGCAGCAGCAGCAGCAGCAAAAGUGCAUUCCAAAGACUGCAAGCUUGGCAAGAGGAAGUCUGCUUUGAAGGAGGAGAAGCACUGCAGCCUGGUCUUCCUUAGCGGGUGGUUUUGCUUAGGGGCAGACUGUCCCUGUCUCUGUCCAGCUUAGGCUCUUGCACUGCAUUCAUCAACGUAGGUGGAGCACCCUCUUCAAAGGGAUUUCCUUCGCUGCUCAUGCUCAGACUUUGCGGCUCAGCACUUGACAGUCCUUACAUCCCUGUGUCCAGGUAGGUCCGUUGUCCUUAUAUAUUUGCUGCACAGGCAGGGGAACGAGCACAAAGGGGGAAAGGGUCAGAGAGCACUUGUGGCCAUUUCCUGGCAGGGCUGCACACACCCAAUCUGCCAGUGUCCCAGAUCCCUUAAUUUAACAGUAGAGCAUGUGCUUAAGUGAGCUUUGAAAUGAGAUGUGGGAGAGAAGAAAUUAAAAAAAGCAUUACUCUGUCGAAAGGGCAUGAUGCAGUAUUAAUGAAAAUAUCCUUGCCCAGGCUGGUGCCCUCUGGAUGUUUUGACCAAACCUGUCAUUCCCCAGACAGUGUGGCUGCUUUCAGACACUUUAGUAGACCUGAAUGUGAUCUAGGAGGCCAGCUGAGUGAGCCCAGACACAUCCAGCUGUCUAGAAGAUAAAUUCCUAAACAAGAAAAACAAUGGAGUGGAUCAGGGUUGGGGGGAACUUGUGAUGCUCCAGAUGUUGCUGGAAUCCAGUUCCCAUCAUCCCUGACCAUUGCCAUGUUGACUGAGGCUGAUGGGAGUUGGACUCCAACAGCACUGAGUGAGGGUGGGGGGAACAGAUCUCUCUGUGUUAUAGUUGUGGAAAUGAGAAGAAUGAAUUUCCAAGGAUAGCUUUUGUCUAACUUGGAUAUCUGACAUCUUUUACCCUCUAAACCAGGACUGGAUGUCAAAUAUAUGUUGCCCUGCUCUCAUGCUUUAUUUUCCUACUAUUUCUUAUGUGCUCUAAUGGUUUACACACCUCUCUCAUUUUAAUUAUUGUGUUUAUCUUAUGUAGUAUUGCUUUAAGUUGUACAGCACAUUGGGGACCAUGCAGUCGAAUUAUUGUAAAUAAUAAGCCUCCGCUCCCACCUCUCCUGAAGUCUCAGCAUGUGGCCCUUAAGAGUAGAUUCCCAUGGCCAAAUCCAGCCAGCUUUGCAAAAGAAAAAGAAAGAAAAGCACCUGUUAAGUUUGUGGAGAAUAACAAUAUCAAUGCAGCCUGUGUCCAUCUGUUUUAGAGGUGGGGAGCCAACACAUUGAACAUGUUUACUAGUAUACAGGGAGAUACCUGUUUUGAAGCGAACAAUCUGAUGGUGGAAAUGACAGAUAUUUGACUUCCUACUUAUCCCUUCUCUGUUGUCUUAUAAGUUUGGAAGCUUUAAUGUUUGAUGUGACUAAGGAUCCUGAGAUGGAAAAGAGCUAAAAGCGUUAAGUCAAGCAAUCCCUUCCUGCUUACUGCUUUGGUCUUGGACUCCCAGCUCUGUGCCCUUGGCCUGGAUUAGAGUUGCUUUCUGUGGGAAAAGCUUUGGAGCAGGAGCUCCCAAUAGCACCUGUGUUUUGCAGAGGUCAUAAAGAGGCUGUGAGAAGAGAUCCAUCAUAGGCAGGUGCUCUCAGGGGAGAAGAAUGUCCCACUGGGCAUGGCGGUGAAGGCGCUGGUGCAACAGCAGCGGCCGUGAAUCCCCCUCCAUCGCUUUCUCCCUUUCUCUCUCUCACCUUCCUGACAGCUGCUGCUUUAAAGCCAACUUGGGAUCUCCAAAAGGAAGAAAGAAGGGCCCCAAGGUGAGAUGAGGCAACAGCUCUCCCUCUUUGCACACAUAGAAUUGUUGUUAGAACAGUAGUCUCGAAAAGAGUCAAAACUGUUUGUAGUGACCCCGGAGACUGGCUCCAACCAAAAAAUCUUUCACAAAACGCUGAGGCAUGUAUAUUUCAUGAGUGUGUUUAUAUGGUGGAUUAGUUGCAGUGCGUAAUUGCUCUUAUAUGGCCGCUCUGUUGGUGAAUGCAUGGCUGAGAGAGGCUUUUAUGAAACCCAGCUCUGUCUAGGCAUUCAGCCCUGCUGGUUUCCAUUACAUAUUAGUAGUACAUCUUGUGUGGGGGAUACGUGUUUGACUGUAUAUGUCAUAGGUACAGCUCUGAUUGUACAUUCGCUUUAUUAUCUAUGGUCUGGGGGCAGGGAGAGGAUUAAGAUGUUAUUUGGCUCUAUUCCCUUGUAUUUUAUGAGCUAUUAAAAUAUGCAGUUUUAAGGAAGUGUGAAAUGAGAAUAACAAUGAACGUGUGAGGGUGGAAUCCUCCUUUACGAACCAAGAUAAAACUUCCACCACAAGGCAGCCUUGUUGCCUCUCAACUGUGAUAUGUACUUAUUGGCCAUCUCUAUUGGACAUUCUAUUUUUCAUCUUCCAGUCUCUGUCUUUUUUACCUAGGCAUUCUUUCAUGUGUUUUCUGCGUUUAUCCGUAAGGUCAGACUUUUCACAAAACCCUCAGAGCUUAAAGGCUGUUGCAAUGUUUCUCUCACAUUCACAAACCUCCCAAAGUGUGUGCGUGGGGCAGCUAUUAUGGUGAGCAAUUUGUAGCAGCCUUCCAUGCAAUGGCAAUUUUGGGUGUAUAAGCCCUCAAAGCUUGUCUACACACCAGCACUGAACUGAAUUUGAUUUACCUGACAGCUAGUCUUCAGUGUCUGCUACACUGAAUACAUGUGACCAUCAGUGUACGGGUGCUACUAUAUCUAAUAUUUGAUCAAUUUACAUUCCACCACUUGGAAGAGUAUAGCAAUCAUAUACACCUGCUUUUCAUGAUCACGAUUUUUUUUCUGUGUACUUCCUUGUCUCUUCUAAUAUGUUUCCUCACUUCUCCUGUUUACUGCAAAACUACAUGUUAAUGCACCCAACUAAACUGUUUGUUUUUCACCUGCUUUGCAGUAUUUUGUUGUUGCUGGGUGGGUGGGACUUGCACAACUACAGAUUUGUUGCCCAUCCAUAAGACCAGAAAAAAACCAAUGGCUUUUAUUUAGAACAACUCCUGGAAUGAGCGUUCUUCGGACGUACUUGAGACUGAAAUAUUAAGCCUCCCCAGCAGAUGGCCUGCUUUCUCCAUCCUGGAACAAAUUUCCACACCUCCUGGAUUACAGCAGAUAGUUACUUAACAGUAGCAGCCUGGAGACUGCAAGGCCCAUUUGUCAAUGUAGUUGAAAUGUGAUGAACACAAAACCUUUGCCAGAGGUUUGUGACUCAUAGCUUUUUUUCUGAAAAUGCCUUUACAGGGAGCUUCUUUGUCCAGUUUACCAGGGAGGGAGAGGUCACAACAAGGACUCUGCAGUCUUGGCUGCCAGCCACCUGGUCCAGGAUGGCGAGUGGAGCGGUGCUGCAGAGCAAAGAGCCGCUGAUGCAGCAUCGGGCAGAGCUGGAUGGAACUAGGCUGUCUUUGGAUUCAGGAACAAUGGCCAGUUCAGAAGGUGAAUCAGAAAGGGUGAUGGAUGAGAGAAGGCAUAGCUCUGAUAGCACAAACAAGCGUUGUGCUAGGAAACUCCAGGAACCGGCACGCAAGGAGAGCACGAGGGGCAGGGAACCAACGGUGCACUUUGAAGAUAGUGGUGAGAGUGAUGAAGACCCAGGUCCCUCUGAGGAUGCGCUGACUACCUCCGCGAUGGAACUUUCUGUGCUGCAAAGGCUGGGUCUGCAUAGGGUAGCUUUGACAGAGCAGGAUGUGGAGGCAGCUUUUGCACACUUGGCUCUUGCCUUCCGCUGUGACGUGUUCACGCUGAGGCGGCGAGUGCAGGUGGAAGAGCGAGCGAGGAACACAGCUGAGGAGAAUAUUCAGCAUGAGCUUAGGGAAUGCCGGGCGAUGCUGCAGAAGCUGGAUCAGGCCUGCCUGGACCCCAGGCACAAGGAAUUGGUAGAACAUUUGCAAAGCACUCUUGCCGUCCUAGAAGGAGCAAUUGAACGGGCAACGGGCGCAGCGGAGAAAUUAGGAGCUGUCCAUCAGGAGGCCCGCAUGAGCCGGGCUGCAGAGGUGAUGGUGCAGCACGUCGAGAACCUGAAAAGGCACCACCUGAGAGAGCACACGGAGCUGGAGGAGAUGAAGAGGCUCAUUCAGCAGAACUCGCGUAACCGGCAGCUGGCAGAAAACAGGGACGAUAGUGAGCAGAGACUGAAGCAUCCUCCAUUGCGAAUGUUCCAGCAGGGAUCAGCUCGUCGUAGAGUCAGCAUUGCAGUGAUUCCCAGACAGCUGAUGCACUUUCACAACCCUGAAAAUGAGCAGAGCUCUGAGGGGGAAGCAAUUAAGUCAACUGCAGUGGAGGAGGAGGAGGAGGUGGAGGAGGAGGAGGAGAACCCAGACAGGCAACCCCACAGUCUCCAGGAAGACUCUGCGGACAAUUACUUUCUCCUGCAUGCAGCAUCUCCCAGCUUCUCCCAGCAGAGCAUGGCAGGGACAUCCAGAAUCGAGAGGGAGUCAGAACUUCGGUGCAGAAGCAACAUCAGUAAGACUGUAGAGGAAGAACCCAAAGAGGAAUCGGGCAAUGAGGAACUAAAUGAAGAAUGUGAGGAACUGAGGGGAGAGACACUUCUGUGCAAAGGAUCUAAAAUGGAGCUUUGCAGAGCCUGGUUCUCCAUGCCCACCUACUAUUGGGUUUUGUUGUGGCUGUUUUUUCUGGGGGUUGCUUGCCUCAUUCUGAUCAGGAUCCUGGAGCUGCAGAAACAAUACCCAUUUACAACCUCUGAUUCUUAAAGUCACAUAAGGAGCAGAAUAACCAUGCUAGGACUUUGCACCAUCAAAAUCCUGGACAGUUUACUUCUGAAAAAUAAAAAUAGAAAGGAG